AUGGAGGAUUCGGAACCGGAACGGAAGCGGGCUCGUACCGACGAGGCGACUGCCUCCGGAAGCCGUUCCGAGGCGGAGGAAGAGGAAGACGAGGACUAUGUGCCCUACGUGCCAUUGCGACAGCGCCGACAGCUGCUGCUCCAGAAGCUGCUACAGCGAAGACGCAAGGGAGCUGCGGAGGAGGAGCAGCAGGACAGUGGCAGUGACCACCGGGGAGAUGAGGACGACAUCCCUCUGGGCCCUCAGUCCAACGUCAGCCUCCUGGAUCAACACCAGCACCUCAAAGAGAAGGCUGAAGCCCGCAAGGAGUCUGCCAAGGAAAAGCAGUUGAAGGAAGAGGAGAAGAUCCUGGAGAGUGUGGCUGAGGGCCGAGCCUUGAUGUCCGUGAAGGAGAUGGCCAAGGGAAUCACAUAUGAUGAUCCAAUCAAAACCAGUUGGACACCUCCCCGUUAUGUCCUGAGUAUGUCUGAAGAGCGGCAUGAGCGUGUACGGAAAAAGUACCACAUCCUGGUGGAAGGAGAUGGUAUCCCACCACCCAUCAAGAGCUUCAAGGAAAUGAAAUUUCCUGCAGCCAUCCUGAGAGGCCUGAAGAAGAAGGGCAUCCACCACCCAACGCCUAUUCAGAUCCAGGGCAUCCCCACCAUCCUCUCUGGCCGGGACAUGAUAGGCAUCGCCUUCACGGGGUCAGGAAAGACGCUGGUGUUCACUCUGCCUGUCAUCAUGUUCUGCCUGGAACAAGAAAAGAGGUUACCUUUCUCCAAGCGUGAAGGUCCCUAUGGACUCAUUAUCUGCCCCUCGAGAGAGCUGGCCCGGCAGACCCACGGCAUCCUGGAGUAUUACUGCCGCCUGCUGCAGGAGGACAGCUCGCCACUCCUGCGCUGCGCGCUUUGCAUCGGGGGCAUGUCUGUCAAAGAGCAGAUGGAGACCAUCCGACAUGGUGUGCACAUGAUGGUGGCUACCCCGGGGCGCCUCAUGGACCUACUGCAAAAGAAGAUGGUCAGCCUAGACAUCUGUCGCUACCUGGCCCUAGACGAGGCUGACCGCAUGAUUGACAUGGGUUUCGAGGGUGACAUCCGCACCAUCUUCUCCUACUUCAAGGGCCAGCGACAGACCCUACUCUUCAGUGCCACCAUGCCUAAGAAGAUACAGAACUUUGCCAAGAGUGCCCUGGUGAAGCCUGUCACCAUCAACGUGGGGCGCGCUGGGGCCGCCAGCCUCGAUGUCAUCCAGGAGGUGGAAUAUGUGAAGGAGGAGGCCAAGAUGGUGUAUCUGCUCGAGUGCCUGCAGAAGACACCCCCGCCCGUGCUCAUCUUUGCAGAGAAGAAAGCAGAUGUGGAUGCCAUCCAUGAGUACCUGCUGCUCAAGGGGGUCGAGGCCGUGGCCAUCCAUGGGGGCAAAGACCAGGAGGAACGGACCAAGGCUAUCGAGGCAUUCCGGGAGGGCAAGAAGGAUGUUCUAGUGGCCACAGACGUAGCCUCCAAGGGCCUGGACUUCCCUGCCAUCCAGCACGUCAUCAAUUACGACAUGCCUGAGGAGAUUGAGAACUACGUGCACAGAAUAGGCCGCACUGGGCGCUCAGGAAACACAGGCAUCGCCACCACCUUCAUCAACAAGGCCUGUGAUGAGUCAGUGCUGAUGGACCUCAAAGCCCUGCUGCUGGAGGCCAAGCAGAAGGUGCCACCUGUGCUGCAAGUGCUGCACUGUGGGGACGAGUCCAUGCUGGAGAUUGGAGGAGAACGAGGCUGUGCCUUCUGCGGGGGCCUGGGCCAUCGCAUCACCGACUGCCCCAAACUCGAGGCCAUGCAGACCAAACAGGUCAGCAACAUCGGCCGCAAGGACUACCUGGCCCAUAGCUCCAUGGACUUCUAG